UAAUUUUACUUUGUAUUGGAACACCUACGCCCCGGUGAUUCUGAAGUUACGAAGAGCGGGGGGGGAAGAAAGCGAGUUGGCAAGAGGCCGUGGAGUCUGGUUGGAGGUACUGAACCAGUCUCGAUCGGUCCACUCUUCUAUGCGGAACUGACCUCGCUAUCAUCCAGGAAUCUCUCCCGUUCUCUUCCGUUUACUCCGGCAUUGCUUCACACAAAACUCUCACAGUUUCCACAUUUUUCGAUAGACCCUGAGUUUCUAAUAUUUUCACCAAUAAACUGAUGAUCUCCUCAGUACGGAUUUCACGAUUUUUCACGGAUUGAGUUCAAUGAUUUUUCGUUAACGUGCCAAGUGAUUUUUCAUCGUGAUAAUGUCAUGCAUGUGUUGGUUUAUUGUCAACUGAUAGCAUCGUGUGAUUUUUGUUGGUGUGUUUUUGUGCUCAAAGUGUCAUUGUUAUUAAUAACUCGGUGGAUUGUAACGGAUAUAGGGUACAGGGGAAUUAGUAAUGUGUGGUAAUGAUGGAUGAUGAUGUUGCGCAAAGUAUAUCGUGACAGGUCUAUCAAUCUGGCAGGAUAAGUUGGUUUGAUUGUAGCUAACGUGUGCUGUGUGAUGCUUCUUCCAAUUCGUUCAGUCACUCAAUCUAUUUGGAAUAAAAAUGAUUACGGAAUGGCUGGAUACAUGGUUCGGAAGGCCCAAGAAAUCCGGUCGUGGGGGUGGGGUCAGAAGUGGCACUGGCUUCAACACAAUCCCCCGGCCAAAUUCCGGUGAUGAUUUUGAUGAGAUUGAACAGCAACGGGCCAUUAUCGAGAGAAUGGAUGAGGAAACGGUCAAUGAGAAGUUUGAGGAGAUGCUGGCGAAUAUGAAUUUAAAGGAGGAGAAAAAGGAGCCGUUGAGACAGCAGCCAGACGCUAAGAAAAAGGAAAUGCUAGUUUUACACUACAAAGGCAGUAUUCAAGAGAAUCGCUCAAAAUUCGACAGACCAGCCGAUUACAUUCAGUACUUGGCACAGCCUGAUUUGAGUGUCAACAAAAUAUACAAUUGCAUCGAGUCACUGAGAAUUGCCCUCACUAAUAAUCCACUAAGCUGGGUCCAGGAAUUCGGUACAAAAGGAUUGAAGCAAGUGUUGGCAACUCUCAACGAGUGUUACAGAAAUGACAAUCGUUACGAACGAAUACAGUACGAAUGCAUAAGAUGUCUAAAGGCGAUAAUGAACAAUACAGGAGGAAUGAAGGAGAUGCUGGACCACCACGAGGCAUUGACAAUUGUAGCCCGUUCCCUCGAGCCCAGUAAGCCCUCAGUGAUGUACGAAGCUGUAAAAGUACUGGGUGCAGUAUGUCUAAUAGACAGUGACAGUCACAAAAAGGUACUCGAUGCAAUAACAAUGAACGGAGAAUUCAAGGGACGCGAGAGAUUUCUCCCAAUAGUUCAGGGCCUGAUGAACAAGCAGAAUGAGAAUUUGCGAGUUGUCUGCCUGCAACUGAUAAACUCCAUAAUAUCAUCAGCCGACGAUUUGGACUUUCGAUUGCACCUUCGAAACGAAGUCAUGAGAAUUGGUCUGGCGGAUAUACUGGAGGCACUGGAGAGAGACGAGUCUGAAGACCUGACAACACAUUUAAAAAUCUUCAAUGAUUACAAAGAGGGUGACUACGAGGAAUUUGUCCAGAGGUUUGAUCACGUGCGUUUGGAACUUGACGAUGUGAACGAUUGCUUCGAAGUGGUGAAGAACAUGGUGAUGGACACAAUGGCGGAGCCCUACUUUCUCUCCAUUCUCCAGCACUUGCUUUUCAUCAGGGACGAUGCCCUGGUGAGGCCAGCAUACUACAAACUAAUCGAAGAGUGUGUAUCACAAAUAGUGCUGCAUCGUUCUGGCUGUGAUCCAGAUUUUUCAGCAACAAAACGCUUUCAAAUUGACGUACAACCCCUAAUCGAUACCCUAGUUGAGAAAUCGAGAGCCGACGAGGAGAGGAGACUAGUCGAAAUGUCCCAGAAGCUUGAGGAGGCGAUAUCGAGUAAGCAGGAGGCUGAGGCCAAGCUUCAGCAUGCUGAGAAUAAAAUCCGAGAGUUGGAGUCUGGUGGUGCUAGGGUGGCACCCAAAUUGGGAGGGCCACCGCCACCACCGAUGCCAGGUAUGGGUGGUCCACCACCUCCACCGAUGCCAGGAAUGGGUGGUCCACCCCCUCCACCUAUGCCAGGAAUGGGUGGACCACCACCUCCACCGAUGCCAGGUAUGGGGGGCCCUCCACCUCCACCUAUGCCAGGCAUGGGGGGCCCUCCACCCCCUCCAAUACCUGGAAUGGGCCCUCCCCCACCGCCUGGUGGUAUGCGAUCACCUCUUGCUGGGGCUGUUCAAGUGCUGCCACACGGUCUUAAGCCGAAAAAGAAGUGGGAAGUCGAUGGGCCUCUCAAGAGGGCCAAUUGGAAGGCCAUUCUACCUCAAAAAUUGAGUGAAAAAUCCUUCUGGGUCAAGGUUCAAGAGGAUAAACUAGCUAGUCCAGAUAUUUUGAAUGGUUUGGCACAGAAAUUCUCGUCAAAGCCAGCCAACAGGAAGAUCGAUGAUGUUGUGGACAAAUCAGCGACGAAUAAAAAAGUCAAGGAUCUCAAGGUACUGGAUGGCAAGGCUGCACAGAAUAUACUUAUUCUUCUGGGGGGUACACUGAAGCACAUGUCUUACGAGGAAGUUAAGAGCUGUCUGUUGAGAUGUGAGGGUCCAGUGAUCUCUGAUAAUGUUCUCCAGGGUCUCAUUCAGUAUUUACCACCACCUGAUCAGCUUACUAAGCUCCAGGCCUUCAAGGAUCAGUACGAUGAUCUCACUGAGGCUGAACAAUUUUGUGUGACUGUUGCAUCAAUCAAGAGGCUCAUGCCAAGGUUAAGAUCGUUGAGUUUCAAGCUGAGGUAUGAGGAAGUUGUUCAGGAUAUUAAGCCAGACAUUGUUGCUGGCACAGCUGCCUGUGAAGAAGUCAAGAGUAGUAAAAAAUUUGCGAGAAUUCUCGAGCUCAUUUUAUUACUCGGUAAUUACAUGAAUUCAGGGUCGAAGAAUGGACAGGCGUUUGGCUUUGAAAUUAGCUUUCUCACUAAGUUAACUAGUACUAAAGAUGUCGAGAAUAAACAGACGUUGAUGCAUUAUCUGGUGGACACUAUUGAGAGGAAGUUCCCGGAGUGCUUGAGCUUUGGGGAGGAGUUGUUGCAUGUCGACAGGGCCAGCAGGGUCUCGAUGGAGAAUAUUCAACGCACGUUGAGACAGAUGGAAUCGAAUAUCAAGAAUUUAGAACAGGAUCUGGCUAAUUCGAAAAUACCACAGAGUGAGCAGGACUGUUUUAUUGAGACUAUGGCGCCUUUUGCCAAGAAGGCUAGGGAGUCGUUCGAAGUUAUGCAGAGUAUGUACAAAAAUAUGGAGACACUUUACACGGAUAUCUCGGACUUUUUCGCUUUUGAUAAACAGAAAUACACGAUUGAGGAGUUCUUUGGGGAUAUCAAGAAGUUUAAGGAUGAUUUCGUGCAAUCCCAAAAAGAAAUAAUAAAGCUGCGUGAGGGUGAGGAGAAACAAAGAAGAGCGCGUGAGGCACGUGAGAAGGCUGAGCUCGAGCGUGCAGCACGUGCUGCACGUAAACGUGCCCUAGUAGAUAUGAAUGCCCACGAGACCCAAGAGGGGGUAAUGGACAGUCUGAUGGAGGCCCUGCAAACGGGCUCGGCAUUCAGUCGUCCUGAUCAACGUAGAAAGCGCCAAACUCGAGCCGCUGGUGGUAAGUGCAAGCUCAUGAGGACUAAAGAUGCUACUAAAAUACUAAAAUGGAAUGCAAAUGAUCAGCCAAAGCUCUUCGACGGUGCCCUGGCUAAUUCAGCACAGUUAAUUGCCUCAGAAUCAGAACUGGGGAAUUUAGUGUCACCAGUGGGUCCUCUACCCUCUCUAUCCACAGCCCUAAACUCCUGUCACACACCCCAGGACAAUCAGUCCGAGCUAAAAGGCAGCCUCUUGGCCGCUGCCAAGAAUGCCCCGAGACAUGACAAUUUCAUAACUAGAGUCUCGUCAUUCCAAAGAAUUCGACGUAAAGCUAAAAACAGUCCCACAUACCUCCCAAUUGACAAUUCCCUCAAGUCUCCGAUGUUCGGUAAGACUCCUCACCGUGCAAUUCCCAUAAAAGUCCAGAAAAAUCUUCGUAAAAUCAAAAGAACCGACAGCUGUGACUCCACUGCUGACGUAAAACUCACAGUCUCACCUAAACGCAGAAAUUCCACUGCCUCAUUGAAAGAAAAAAUGUCGAAAAUGUUCCACUUAACGAUCCCUUAUGACUCUGUAAUUGCGGAGCUCAAAAGAAAGUCCAGUGAGAGACUGUGCACACCUAAUAACACUCCCUGCCAGACACCUGUUAUUGUUGUCAGUAAACCGUCGUUGUACAAGGAGACUCUCCUGGUUGAGGCGAGAAAGGUGACGCCAGUUAAACAACGGAGAAUCAUCGUUGGUAAACGUGGGAAGAGGAAUAGUAUGGUGAGGAGGGCUGUUGUCAAGAGGAAGAAGCAGGUGAGGAGGCGGCGAAGUCUGGGGGAUUAUUUGGGGAGUCCACCGAGCAUGAACUCGUCGAUGCCAGAUCUCAUUGUUCCCUCGACACCCAGAAAUAUUGCUGAGGUUGAGGGCUCCUCCAAGGGGCAUUCGUUGUCCUCGGAGGACGUGAGGCCCAGGAACCAGGGGAGGAGCUGUGGACUACUCCCCAGGACCAAGAACUUUGAUGACAUCAGCAAGGCUCAUGACGAGAAUCAGAACAGCAUCGUUGUCAGGGACAGCAUUGAUUCGGUUUUUACUUCGGCUGAGGGAACGCCCAGGAGACUCGAUGUUACUAAUGAGGUGGAGGGGCGCAGUCCUGGGGGAAUCAGUGGAAUAACUCAACUGUCUCACGUCAACAGCCCCUACUUCUCAGCGAAAUCCACCAGCAGCAUCACUGGCUAUCCUGUUACACCAAUCAAUGUUAACUUGAAGAGGAGUGUUACCUCACCGAAAAUCGAGACUGUUUAUAAAUCCAGUGUUUUGCCGAUUGAUGAGAAGAAAAAGUGGAGAUUCUGGCGCACGCCUGGGACUGAGGACACUGUGGUCACCUUGAAAUAUAAUAAGUUGAGAGUGAGUGAUGGGGAUAUUGUUAGUAAGGUGAAGGGCUUUGUCAAUAGGUUCAAGAGCCCAUCGACUGAUGAUUGAUGAUUUUUGUUGUUUUUUAUACUGAUGAUUGAUUUUUUGUGAAUAACUGGUACUUUACGGGUGAUUUUAUGAAAUAACUGUGGAGCUUUGUAGAAGUGCAAAACAUUAAUUUAGGAUUUUUUAAAAUGAUUUUUAAAAAUGAUAUUUUGUAUUCAACGAUUUUUGUAUAUUAAAUUUUUAUUAAAUGCAUGGUGAUUUACAAAGAAUGCGUGAGUUAGUUUUGAUUCCGCUGUGAUUGGGCGCGUUUUUGGGGGCUCGAGAGAUAAGGAAGAAUCGAAAUGAUAAUUGUAGUGGCUUUAUUUGGGGAGUUAUUGAGUAUGGGGUGAGGGAUUAGGCUUAAUCCCUUAUUUCUCGAUCGGUAGUACAGCAAUGCGAGGAAUAACUUUUCCUGUUUGUUUACAUUCGGAGGGCCGAGGUAUCGUAAUGAUAAUGGCUACAGGUGUCACGAGUGCUGGAUUCGAAGAGUUUUGGGCUGAUAUCCAUUAGUUUAAGUGAAUCAGAAGGAAUUCAUCGAUUUUUUUGGCGAUAGAGAAGCGAUUGAUUAAUUAAUUUGUUUUGU